ACUCAUUGCUUUGGCGCCGUCUGGGGAGCGCGAGCCCGCGGGUGGCGCGCGGCGCAUGGUGGCGGCUCCUCUCGGAGCGCAGCCGAACCGCUGACCCGGACUCCGUUACCCCUGCCCGGCGCUCCCCGGCAGCCGGCUGGAGGCAGAAACAGCAGAAGCGUUAAGAGCAGCAGCAGCGGCGGCUGCUCCGCCGCCGUCUCCGCGGGAGCAUGGAGUGCGCCCUGGACGCCCAGAGCCUGAUCAGCAUCUCCCUGCGCAAGAUCCACAGCUCCCGAACCCAGCGCGGCGGCAUCAAGCUGCACAAGAACCUCCUGGUGUCCUACGUGCUCCGCAACGCGCGCCAGCUCUACCUGAGCGAGCGCUACGCCGAGCUCUACCGGCGCCAGCAGCAGCAGCAACAGCAGCAGCCGCCCCACCACCAGCACCAGCACCUAGCGUACGCGGCGCCGGGCAUGCCGGCCAGCGCGGCCGACUUCGGCCCGCUCCAACUUGGCGGCGGCGGGGACGCGGAGGCGCGCGAGCCGGCCGCCCGGCACCAGCUGCACCAGCUCCACCAGCUCCACCAGCUGCACCUCCAGCAGCAGCUGCACCAGCACCAGCACCCGGCGCCCAGGGGCUGCGCGGCGGCAGCGGCGGCCGGAGCGCCCGCGGGCGGCGCGGGGGCGCUCUCGGAGCUGCCCGGGUGCGCCGCGCUCCAGCCGCCGCACGGCGCGCCCCACCGCGGGCAGCCGUUGGAGCCUCUGCAGCCGGGUCCUGCGCCGCUGCCGCUGCCGCUGCCGCCGCCCGCGCCCGCUGCGCUCUGCCCGCGGGACCCUCGCGCCCCGGCCGCCUGCUCCGCGCCCUCCGCGCCCCCAGGGGCCGCCCCUCCGGCCGCCGCCGCUUCUCCGCCCGCCUCCCCGGCCCCCGCCUCCUCCCCUGGCUUCUACCGGGGCGCAUACCCUACCCCUUCGGACUUCGGCUUGCACUGCAGCAGCCAGACCACCGUGCUGGACCUAGACACUCACGUGGUGACCACGGUGGAGAACGGCUACUUGCACCAGGACUGCUGCGCCUCCGCCCACUGCCCCUGCUGUGGCCAGGGCGCUCCGGGACCGGGCCUGGCGUCCGCCGCCGGCUGCAAGCGCAAGUAUUACCCUGGCCAGGAGGAGGAGGAAGACGACGAGGAGGACGCGGGCGAGCUGGGGGCCGAGCCCCCCGGGGGCGCCCCGUUCGCCCCCUGCAAGCGCGCCCGCUUCGAGGACUUCUGCCCGGACUCGUCCCCGGACGCGUCCAACAUCUCAAACUUGAUCUCCAUCUUUGGCUCCGGCUUCUCGGGGCUGGUGAGCCGACAGCCGGACUCCUCGGAGCAGCCGCCGCCGCUCAACGGGCAGCUGUGCGCCAAGCAGGCGCUCGCCAGCCUCGGCGCCUGGACUCGAGCCAUUGUCGCCUUCUAGGGACCCCCGAGGGCACAGGGACCCGGGGCCCCGCGGGGCUGGGGCCAGACAAAGACUCGGCAAAGGGGCGAGAGGAGGGAACGAGCGGGCGCCGGGCCACUCGGGGCUGAGCUGGGGGCGAGCGGGGGCAGGCGGCUGAUGUUUUAUAAAUUGUAAAAUAAAAAAAGAAAUCUAAAA